AUGGAGAUCAUAGCUAUCCACAUGGGUGAUGUGGAGAUCGUGGCCAUUCACACGUGUGACAUGGAGACCCUGGCCAUCCACAUGUGUGACACGGAGAUCGCAGCCAUCCACAUCCCCGGCCAGUCUGGCUCCCUGUGGGGUCCUCCCUGCCUGAGCCCCGAGGGUGCCACUGAAUCUGCUCUCUCUCCUUCUUCACAGCUGCCCAUGAUGGGAGGAGCAUUCAUGGACUCACCCAACGAGGACUUCAGCACCGAGUACUCGCUGUUUAACUCCUCCGCCAACGUCCACGCGGCCUCCAAUGGCCAGGGCCAGCCGGAGGAGUCUCCUCGGUCCUCCAACGAUGCCGUCUUGCUGUGGAUUGCCAUCAUAGCCACGCUGGGGAACAUCGUGGUGGUCGGGGUGGUGUACGCCUUCACCUUCUGAGGGCCAGGCCUAUCCGCAGUUCCAGGACACGCACCCUGCAGGGUGCUUACCAUGGGGUGAGGCUCUGUAUGCGGUGCCAUCUUGUUGCUGGCCUCUGCUACGCCUGUGUUCUAGAAACAGGAAUUUUGACCGGGGCAGCGACCAUGCAUCCAGAAUUCCCGCCCUGCAACCCUGAUUUCAAAGAUUCCAUGCUGUGGUCAAGCUGAUUCAGAAAACCCAGGAGGGUGGGCUUUCCCACCCCCGGAGGCUUGACAAGGCGAGGCCUCCACCACGCAGACGGGGGGAUUCUUGAAACUGCAUUUUGAGAACACGAGACCAGAUGGAACAGCCAGUUAGGUUUAAAAUAUAGACACGGUUUCAUGAUCGCUUGCUGGCGGUGAGUAAUCACUGGUGUGUCUUGUUUUGAUACAGACGCAUCAAACCUAGUCAGGGGCUGGCACCUGCCACUGCCGCCACGCUUCUGCCCGCCAGCUGCUGUGGAGGUCACAAGAGCAGCUCUCAGACUCUCAGUGUUCCCGACCCAAUCUGAGUUUGAGAUCCAUCUCCUUGGCGUAUGGACGGCCACCUGGUAGGGUGGUAGGACUUUCCUAAUUUUGAUUUAGAAAUGGCGUCUUUGGCUGGGGGCAGUAGCUCAUGCCUGUAAUCCCAGCACUUUGGGAGGCCGAGACAGGAGGAUUGCUUGAGCCCAGGAGUUCAAGAC